AUGAAAACCUUUACUUUUCUCGUUAUUUGUUCUUUUAUUUCAACAAUUUAUUCACUUCGUUGUUAUGAAGGAAGUAUUGCUGGAUUGACAAAUAAUACUCAAACACAUAAAAAAGAAUGUGGUGGAAUUUCGAAUUAUUGUGUUCAGAGAAUCAACAAGAAAAGCGGUGAAAUGCGGUAAGAAAAUGAAAAUGAAAAUACAAUUCAAAAAUAAAAAUGAAAUAUGGAAAUAUCGUGGCUUCUGUGUGCCUAAAUGAUUUCUCCGAUUGUUUGUAUAAGCAUAAGUGGGACAUAUUUGAUCAUUUUUGUGACGUCGAAUUUGGAGAUUUCUCGCGAAAAACUUUUUUGAUAUUUAUUUGUAGUCCCGAAACUUCUGAAAACUUUCAGACGAGAAUGCAGUUCGUGGAGCGAUGAGCACAGCAUGGAAGAAAAAUGUCCAGUAAGCGAUAAAAUAGAAAUUCAAAAUAGUUAAAUAGGGAUUUUCAGAUGUCUGGCUGUCAUUAUGUGAACAAAGAUGAAUCUUUCUGUUGUUGUCAAUUCGAUGAAUGCAAUGAAUGGAAAGGAGAGUAAGUUGGGUUUCAUUUUACUGAUUUUUAUAUUUCUGAAAUGGAAAAUGAGGAAAAUGUAUUUAAAAAAAAACGCGGGGUUUCUUAUUUUUUUUCUCAAAAAAUUCUUUUUUGUUUGAAAAUUCUUUGAAAAUUUUCCAGCGGCACCGAAUUCAAAGCUGGCGAAACUGUUGUGCAUAAAGUUGUUCCAUCAGCUCCAAAAGAAGAAGGUUCAAUCAAUCUUCCAACUGCGCCAACACGUAAGAAUGUGUGUUUGAAUAAAAUUUCCUGAAAAUAAAAAAUCUGACCUGAAUCGAAUUUUCAGGCCAACAAGUUUGAUCGUGAUGAAAAUUCGAAUGUGGUUAUUCCAACAACUCCAGCUCCUCAACAAAAAAGUGAUUUCAUUGAUGUCAAUUAG